GUUGCUGGAUUAUGUGUUCGGAGGAUCCUUCAACAGAGUACUCCUGGUGCUAGCAAUCCUUGUCCUCGUUGUAUUCAACACCUUCAAAGGUUACAGAUCAGCUGUAGUGCUCAUGUAAAAAGCAUAUGGGAACCAGAGGGUCUGAAUAAAAGGCCUCUGGUUCCAGAAUACGAUACAAUCAACAUGAAGAUGUACUCCUACGACUGUACUGUGUUAGAUUCCUUUGCCAAUUAUGCAAAGCAGCUGGCGACAGGUUUAGAAAUGGAUGUAUUUUUGUAUCCUGUACCACGACAGACCCACGUUAUAAAGACAUAUCUACCAUAUUCAACAAUUGUAAAAAAUCAGUACACGAUGGACACAUAUGAAAGGGUUAUACGAAUGCACAGUCUUCAAUCUACCAAAUUGCCAAUAUUUAUAGAGAUAAUGCGACGGAAUAUUCCAUCAGGCAUAGAUAUUCAAUUUAAACAGCAUACAGAAGAAGAUGACGUAAUACGAUAUAUGGGUGAUCAAGAGAGAAAAGACAUAUUAUCCAAAUUGGACGACGUACAAGUGAAGAGGGGGUGAUCUGCCUCAACAAUGCUCUUUCAUUGGAUGAUCUGUAUACCUUGGCAUUGUACAAUGGUACCCUGUACAUCAUGUUAAAAAGGACACGUAUUAAUAGAGAUUUCCAUCAAAUUCUAAUACAUACAAACAUUAUGUGCCAGAACUGACGAUCAAACGGUGAAAAUGAUUUUAUAUUGCAGUUUUCAAAUAUACCUGGCUUUUUGUGAAGGGCCGUCUGUGAAUCAAUUCACAUAUCAUUGUGUAGGGAAAACUUCAAAAGUUACAAUUACUAACGAAUGAAAUGAAAUUGUCCGAUGAAGAACUUGUACAUUAUGUAAAUUAGGGCAAAAUGUUUUUUUUUACAAUAUUUAAAUAAACUUCUUACACCUGGGUUGACCUUAAAACUUACAUCAAGUAGUUCAUCGUUAAAUAUAAUGUGUACAUGAUGUACUACUUUCCGAGAAAAAAUUACACUGAUAAAUUAAUUAAAGAAAUCAGUAUUUUGGCAGGAAAAUAAAUACAUCUUGUCAUCUUAGCUUUGACCUGUACUAUGCAGGAGGUGUCCGACAUGUACCAAGCAGGGCCCUGAUGGGCCACCGUUGCACAGCAGGAGGUGUUUAUAUGACAUAUACCAAAUGGGCUCUUCUUGAAGAGCCAGGGUAGCAAUUGAUUUAAUUAUCAUAUGAAGUAUGCACGAAAGAAUGUUUGACUGUGGUAUUGUAUGAUUACAUAAAUUUACAUACCUAGGGUGUAUAAUUCUUUUAUUAAAACUUUGAUAUAAAGC